CGGAAACGGAAGUUGCGUUUAUGGCGCGCUGACAUCCUUGUUUUGAAUCUCCCAUUUUCGGAAACUUGUUCUCAACAGGGAGCGUAUACCUGUGUCAAUGGCUCAGGCUCAUAACUUCUUUGAGCUGGAGGAGACGACCGGGUCUCUGGUCGGGCUGAUCAACAGUAGCAAGGCGGAGAACCUGCUGCAGCUCAUCAAGAACCAGACGCUGGCGUUCCACGAGCAGCACGUGGAGACCAGUCACCUGCUGCUGCAGAUCCUCAGAGAUGUGGGGCAGGUGGAGGAGGAUGUGUGCCAGGGGCUGCUGGACACGGUGGAGCAGAGGAACAUGAUGGAGGAGGAGCUGGGGCUGGUGACGGAGCAGCUGGAGCAAUGCAUGGCCAAGGAACAGUUCUCAGAGUCAGAGCUCCAGUUCCUGCAGAGGGAGCUAGAGAGCUUGAAGAGCAGUCAGCAGGAGCUGCUGGAGCUGCAGCAGGAAGUGGACGAGGACACCACUGAGGUCAUCCCCUCCGCCGUAUACCUGUCCCAGCUGUACCACAAGGUGACCCGGAUCAAGUGGGAGCACCAAGACCCCCCCCACCUGCUGAGAGGAGUGCACUACGGAGCUGAGCUGGCCACGCCCAUCCUCAUCGACACAACGACGUGCUCGCCAUGUGACGUCAGCAACCAGCUGUGGGGCCUGGUGUCCACUGAGUGGUAGAGGAUGGACAGCCCCGACACAACGUUUUGUGUGCCUGUGUAUUUUCUUGUGUUUUGUGUAUGGUCUUGUCUCUUGUUUCUUGUGUUUAUGGUGCGUCUUGUAAAAUAAAGUAUUAUUUUAUUCCGAAA